AUCUCAUUUUGCGCAAGCAAUGCAAUCACCCGCUUGUCUAUACUCUUCUCACAUGUGUUUUUAUUUUUCCUCUUUUGAGUAAUGAACGAUUCCCACUCACACUCCCAUCCAACACUUGACCAUGUGAAUGUAACUUGUUUCAUAUCAUUAUGAAUAUGAUGUGUUCAAUUUCAAUACACACAUUCACAUUAAGCAGCAGUAGUAGAAGUAGAAGAUAUCCAAUAAACUAACAACGGAAGUAGAAUAAUACUGUAAUAUGGCAACAACAAGGUCACUGGUGGGACCUACACCAUUUCUUCAUCCAUCAUACAACAAAAUCAAUAAUGCUUCACUAAUCAAACCCCUCCUCCACUUGUCAUCAUCAUCAUCAAUGUCCGCCUCCGACCACCACCAACAACCUCAUCCAUCCUUCGAAAUCCUCGGAGGCGGACUUCACCGUUUCUUCCCAUCUCUAACUCAUCUCACUCGUCCCUACAAUCCUUUCCCCUUCAUCACUUGGAAUCGCCACGUUGAAACCAUAUUUGCCUCGUUUUUUAGAUCGACUCCUCAUGUUACCCUCCGCCGCCAGUGUCUCAGAACUAAAGAUGGAGGAUCUGUCGCUCUCGACUGGGUUUCUGGUGACGAUCGUCGCUUGCUGCCUCAUGCUCCACUCCUCAUUUUGCUGCCGGGCUUAACCGGAGGCAGUGGGGAUUCUUAUGUUAGACAUAUGUUAGUUAGAGCUCGAAGUAAAGGGUGGCGUGUUGUUGUGUUCAAUAGUCGUGGCUGUGGAGAUAGCCCUGUGACUACUCCUCAGUUCUAUUCAGCAUCAUUUUUAGGAGAUAUGCAUGAGGUUGUUUCACAUGUCUCUGAUAGAUACCCCAAUGCUAAUUUAUAUGGCGUUGGUUGGUCACUCGGAGCAAAUAUUCUUGUUCGUUACUUGGGUCAGGAAUCCCACAAUUGUCCUCUUUCGGGUGCUGUAUCUUUGUGCAAUCCAUUCAAUUUGGUCGUGUCAGAUGAGGACUUCCGAAAGGGCUUUAACAAAAUUUAUGACAAGGCUCUUUCUAGUGCUCUCUGCAAGAUUUUCAACAAACAUGCAUUACUCUUUGAAGAUAUUGGUGGUGAGUAUAACAUUCCAAUGGUCGCCAAUGCCAAGUCUGUUAGGGAAUUUGAUGAUGGACUGACCCGUGUUUCUUUUGGAUUCAAGUCUGUGGAUGACUACUACUUUAAUUCAAGCAGUUCAGAUUCCAUUAAACACGUUCAAACACCUUUGCUCUGCAUCCAGGCAGAGAAUGAUCCAAUUGCUCCUUCUAGGGGAAUUCCUCGUGAAGAUAUCAAGGAAAAUCCAAACUGCUUGUUAGUAGUGACAUCUAAAGGUGGUCACCUGGGGUGGGUUGCCGGUGACGAAGCUCCACUUGGAGCCCCUUGGACUGAUCCUUUGGUGAUUGAUUUCCUUCAAUAUCUGGAGACAGAAGCAGCCAAAGCCCCGCAAACUUGUAGCAAUUCUGGAGAUAAUAAAGAGACUUUGCAAAGUGUAGUGUGACACUUGGUUACAUGUUUCAUCAUUCAUUCAUCACAAGUACAUUCUGCAAUCUCACAAACAGAACAUUCUGGAAAACUUAGUCCUCGGAGUUUGCUAGCAUGCGGAAGCAACUACACUCUUGUUCCUACUCCAGCAUAGCAUGGUGAAUAUUAUUUAUGAUCAAGUAUAUCAUUUCAUUUAAUAAAUGGCUAUAGAAAGUAGUAUAUAAUAAAUCAUUAAUUUGUACCGUAACUCUUUAAACAUUCAUGACUUGUAUGUAAUUUAUUUUGAACUUUUUAAAUUUUUUAUAGUCGAAAUCAUUGUUAUUUUAUUGCUACACUUUUGAAAUUCAUUACAAUGCAGUUGAAGUUGUGUCUC